AAUAACUGGAGUACCUUCUGUGUGAAAAGAUCCUUCUAGAUACUCUACAGAGGUGGUCUCGUUUAACACUUACGGUAACCCUGUAGGGUCAGUGCUAUGCUUGUUUUAUAGUAGAACAAAAGGAGUAUGAUGCACAUAUGUUGUGAUGACAGGAUUUGUUACAGCUAAGCAACAACUUUCCCUGAUUCAUCAUGUUAAAAAAUAAGGGUCAUUCAUCUAAAAAAGAUAACUUAGCCAUCACUGCAGUUGCUUUACAAGACCACAUUUUACAUGAUCUUCAGCUGCGAGACCUUUCCGUAGCCACGACAAGAGUGCAAAAGAAGGAGAAUAGAUCCAAAGCUCUGAAAAGAGAGACAAAAGCAGUAAUAGAUACAGGACUCAGAAAAACUACGCAGGGCCCCAGAGGGGAAGAUCCAGAAAAAGAGUAUGUUCUGGAUCCAAAGCCACCCCCAUUAACUCUAGCACAGAAGUUGGGCCUCGUUGAGCCUCCCCCGUUGCCACUGUCAUCUGAUGAGUGGGAGAAGGUGAAGCAGAGGUCCAUCCUGCAAGGGGACUCCAUGCAGCCCUGCCCGAUAUGUAAAGAAGAGUUUCGCCUCCAUCCCCAGGUGCUGCUUUCAUGUUCCCACGUGUUUCACAAAGCAUGCCUUCAGGCUUUUGAAAAGUUCACAAGUAAAAAAACCUGUCCUCUCUGUAGAAAGAACCAGUAUCAAACCAGAGUGAUACACGACGGGGCCCAGCUAUUCAGAACCAAGUGUGCGACAAGAAUCCAAGCCUACUGGAGAGGAUGCAUUGUGAGAAAGUGGUACCGAAACCUGAGAGAGACGGUACCUCCCAGAGAUGCCAAAUUAAGGAGAAAGUUCUAUGAAAAAAAGGUAGAUACACAUUCUUAAU